GAGAGUACUCUCAACACUUGCACUUAUAACUUUCUUUCAAAAUUUUCUUAACCCAAGGAUGUCGAAUCUUGAAGUGAAGAUUAACGUCGAUCCAAAGAAUGAGUUACAUGAGAAGAAAGAGGAGCCUCCGAUAUCUUCUCCGCAACAGGUGCCUGAUAAUACAGCAGCUGCAGGAAAUGGUUCGAAUGAAGAAAAAGAUAAGAAUAGGAAAUCACCUCCUCCUCAAGACCAGGAUAAUGAUAAGAACAUACAUGAAAAACUGCGUAAGGCUGCAUUCGGGAAUGAGUGGUUCACAGCUUAUUGGGAGAUUUUUGGGGGAGAUGGAAAAAAAAUUUUGAAAUAUGCAACUGCUAGUUUAACAGAUCAGGAUGACAACGCUCUCCACAUCGCAGUUGAAGCAGGUUCUUCUAUGUUCAUUCAUUUUCUGCUAAAUAAUAUGACCGAGAAAGAUUUGGAAAUGCGAAAUUCCCACAAGAAUACUGCUUUUUUUCUUGCCGCUAAACAUGGAAGGCUUAAGUGUGCUAAGCAGAUGUUAGAUAAAAACAAAGAGUUGCUAGUUUUCCGUGGAGAAGCUGACUUACUACCAAUUCAGAUAGCAGCUCAGCGAGGCCGCAAAAAGAUGGUGAAAUUCCUUUAUAGGGUACAUGAGGGCACUGAGUUGACAAGAUUAAAUCAAGAGGAUUGCGAGAAAUUGCUUCCCAAUCUAAUUUGUAGAGCUGAUUUGAUUGAUGUUACGUGGAAAGUGUUAGAGAAAAACGAAGGUAUAGUUACCAAAAAUAUGGCAAAUGGGAGGAGAGGAGAGGAAACAUUUUUGCAUGUCUUGGCUCAAACAAAUUUGAUGUCUUCUAAGUUGUCCAAUCAAAAUAAAGGAGGACUUUUCCAGAGAUUCUUCGACAAAUUUUCCCACAAAAACAAGUUUCCCCAUGAAAAACUGCCCAAGGAAGCGCUGGAUCUACUCAAACACCUUUUGGAGAAAAUAAAUACUCAAGACCAUUGGAUGUAUGGAGUAAUAGAACGCGCUGUCAAACACGAAAACGUUGCAUUUUUAAGCUUGAUUAUUUGUAAAUAUUCUCAGUUGAUGAAUUGCACAGAGGAGGAUGGAAAAACAGCGGGCUUAAUAUUUUCCAAUGCUAUUUCAAAGCGUCAGAAGGAUAUCUUCCAACUGCGAGAGAGUUUGAAUCCACUAUGUGAGAGACAAGUAAUUGACUACAAAGAUUGUCAUCAAAACAACAUCUUGCAUUUGGCUGGAAAGUUGAGCCCACCUGAACAGCUCGAUGCUAUUUCCGGAGUAGCUCUACAGCUACAGGAAGAGUUGAAGUGGUUUGAGGAAGUGAGUAUCAUGGCGGAUGCAUCGAAAGCUCAUGAGAAAAAUAAAGAUGGAAAAACCCCAAAAGCGUUAUUUGAUGAGGAGCACAAAAAAUUGAAGGAAAGCGGCGAGCAAUGGAUGAAGGACACUGCAAAUUCAUGUAUGAUUGUGGCAGCACUUAUUGCCACUGUGGUUUUUACUGCAGCUUUCACGGUACCUGGUGGCACCAAUGAAGAGUCGGGAAUGCCUCGUUUUUCCAAUCAACUUUCCUUCAGAAUUUUCGUAUUUGCAGACGCAACAUCUCUGGUAUUAUCCGUUUACUCCCUUUUAAUCUUCUUAGAUAUUCACACUUCCCGAUAUGCAUAUAACGAUUUUCUUCUGGAGUUACCUAAGAAGUUGGUGGUUGGACUGUUGACCCUUUUGCUAUCAAUAGCAGCAAUGAUGGUGGUGUUUUGCACAAGUAUUUUCUUUGUCAUUGAAGUUGAUAAUAUUUGGGUUCGUAUUCUGCUUAGUGUGAGCGCUUUUUUUCCAGUCUUGCACUUCGCCAAGAUGAAGAGAGAACUCUUGUUCGAUGUAGUGCAUAAAACCUCUGAAAUAAAUUCUAUUUUGAAGGAAGGGAAAAGAAUGAAAGGGAAACACUGAGUGCGGGAAAUGUAAGUCAUGUAACCUAGACGGGAAUGUGUGCAUGUUCCUUAAGACGAUUAUAUUUAUUAAUGAAAAAAUAACUUUUCA